ACUCUAUGGUGGUUUGUACCCUCCCACUUCUUAAGAAAUCACGUUCCGCAGAGCCGAGCACUACGGUGGAUUCUGUUCUGCUUGUACGGAUCUUAUUUGAUAUUAAUGGUUUAUUCUUUUUAAUCAGCGCUUUUAAACCAGUAUUGUCCGAAAAUGUACAAUAAUUCGGAAGCCCACGCAAUGUACCCCCCGCUGGCGUCAAAUUUCGCGGCACCCAGCGCGCCUCCUGCCGGCAUGUUUGACAAUGUUCCUGGGUAUGAGGGCACCACUAUGGGAGGAGGAGGUGGCGGAUACCUACCUCCACCCGCCCCUAUCUGUCCUCCACCUGCUCCAGAGCCUGCUCCGACACAACCAGAGUGGAACAUCCCGUCGAUCAGCGAGGACACCGCCCGGGAAGCCUUCCGCCUGUUUGCGUCGGGCCACUGCUGCUGGAGCAAGGCCCCGGCGCAGGACGGCGUUAUUACCGCCAUGGACGCCUUCAACACCUACAGGUACCGUCUGGAAACUUUCACCGAGUCCCGAAGCACAGAGUGGGACCACGAGCAGUACGACGGUCAGCCCGUGGAUGCCUACACCCAGCCUGCCCCAGGCCCAUGGGACAUCCCGGUGCAGAGCCCUUCCCACUUCGAGGAGCGCACCGAGCACAUCAAGGUCCCCUACACCUCGUCAGUCAAGGAUUGUCACGAUUGCCUGGGACAGGGCAGGAAGCCAUGCACGGAGUGCGCUGGAGCCGGGAAUAAAGUUUGCUGGAGCUGCAGCGGGGCAGGGGUUCGUUCCGGGGACGACCAGUGCAACCACUGUAGCGGCAGAGGACGGGAGAACUGCUCCGAUUGUCACGGCCACGGAUCCAAAGAGUGUGAGACCUGCCACGGGAAACGGCAACUCCUCGUCUACAUCAAGCUCAGCGUCAAAUGGACCAAUAACAAGGAGGACUUUGUUGUGGAGCAGUCGAGUGGUUUGAAGAUUGAGAACUUGGCAUCAGUGUCCGGGAAAGAGCUCUUCAAAGACACUCAGUACCUGGUGUACCCGGUCAUGGGGUUCCCCGACCCCGCUGUGGGCCAGGCCGCGGAGCGUCUGGUGAGGGACCAUCAGGACAGGCACUCCCGGUCCUCUCGCAUCCUGCAGCAGCGGCAGACUAUAGAAUUGAUUCCCAUUACCAAAGUGACAUACAAGUGGAAAGGAGACAAGCACACCUACUUCGUCUAUGGGAAUGAGUUUGAGGUCAAUGCGGAUGAAUACCCGGCCACCUGCUGUUGCACUGUCAUGUAAUUUUCUCGUUGUGUGUAAGAAAUGUUGCUGACCACACUGAAGUGCUACCAAACCGUAUACAGCAUAGCAUAAUAGAAUGCUAACUUCAGGUAACGUCAGGACCCCUAUGAAAUUGCCUGGAGGCGGCUGUCCAUUAACUUAGGAAUCGAGAGUAAUUCUACACAGUAUUAUGACUAUAGAAAUAUAUCUGUGUGUUUGUGGAACAAAUUAGCCUAUAUCCACAAUGUAUGUUCCUCUUGUACUCUUUUUGCAUGUGUUGCGCAAUUGGUAAUUGCGUAUUACACCUUCUGUAUCUUGUAGGUCAGUCCACUAAUACUGAGUGUGAGUCAAAGGGGUCCGAAAAUAUUGUUGGUGCAACCGUUUACCUCUUCACAAAAAUGAUGCAAUUGCGACUAGCUUGCUAACCUCCACAAAAGCUGUACAUGUUUAGUUGGCAGCUGGGGGCUUACUCUAUAGAAGAUUUUAACAAAUUUGGCAAGAUUACCUGGCUAAUGUGGAUUAAUAAAAAGUAACAUUAUAUAAAAUACUUUGGCUGAAGAGAAAGCUGGUUUGCACUGUAUUAUAGUCUCUAUAUCAUGGCAUUUUAAAGACGAGAGCUGUCAGAUGUGCAGACAUGAUCUUGCUGCAUCCAGGGAAUGAAUCACGACUAUUUGUCACCCCUUUGGCCAAUCACAACCAGGACAGUUUAGGCAAGAGAAGUUGUAUGUAAAAUGUGUAUUUUAUUGCGCAUAAGUUAUCCUGCCUUGUAUGAAGCAAAUGAGCUUGAUGUUCGUUUAAACCCACUAAAGAGAACACUGGUUGAUUUCAGGACUUUUAAACCAUCCCCAUAGUCCUAAGUGCCAAAAAUGUAAUUAUUUUUAAAAAAGAGAAUACAUUUACUUUUCCUUAGGGGAUUAUACUGUACAUUCUAGCCGUCUGUUACUUUUUUUUUUUUUUUUUUUCAUGAUAGCUGCCUGUAAAUCUCCAACCUUUAAUGAAAAUAUGGCUGAAUGUAAUGUCUACUGGACUUUUAAUACCUUUUAAAUGCAAUUCUGAAACAAUUAUUUUUGUGUUGUAUUGAUUCGACACAUUUGGUAUAUUUAAUCUUGCAACAUAUUAUUAUUUUUUGUUGUUGUUGAAGCCCUGAAUUUGUUGCUGAACCAAAUGCACGACAAAUUAAACAAUGUGCGCAUGUAGGCCUAUAGUUCUGAAUCUGACAACAAGGAAGGAGUGCUAACCAAAUAAAUAUUUAGGUGUGGUAUGACACGCUGGUCAUUAGAAUCGGUUUGCAACAUUUUUCUUUGCUGUCGGUUAAACAUCUAAAUGUUGGUUACUAUAACUAGGAGUUUCCCACUAGAAGCUGCCUUUGAACACAUUGUUUGGACGGCCAGAUUCAGGUGCAUUUCGUGUCGAAUCGAUACGUUUUGCAGCCUAUAGGCCUACAUGGCAUGACAAAUAAAGAUGCAAAAUUAUAUUUAUAUAUAUAUAUAUAUAUAUAUAUAUAUAUAUAUAUAUUUAUUAUGUAGCCUAUAAAUAAAGUGGAAAUAAUUCAGAUUCCGAGUGGCUUAUUCAAUUCAUCACAACAAACGCCUUAUUUGAGGUAUUUUUGGCAGAAGAAAUAUGUGUUAAAUGCUCACGUCCGUGUGUGAUUCAAACAAGCCUACUAAUAUGGUUUGUACUAUUAAAUAAAACUAAUAUUGAUAUUGCUAUGUA